UCAACAGAGCUUAAGCUCCCUUCUCACAUGGCUUGUUUGCUCCCACUUUUCUUUCUCUUGAUCUCAGUUUCUUCUUCACAACCCACUGAGCUCUUCUUCCCUGGAUUCAAAGACUUAAAUCCCAACAACUUAACACUUACUGGAGUUGCAGAGGUUGAUAAACAUAGCAUUCUUCGAUUGACGAAUGACACCAGUCGUUUACAGGGUCAUGCUUUUUACAGCUCCCCGUUUAGAUUCAAGAACUCCCCUAAUGGCCAAGCUUUUUCCUUUUCAACUUCUUUCGUUUUCGUUUCGGUUCCUGAGUAUUUAAAGCUCGGUGGGCACGGGCUUGCUUUCACAAUCGGUGUUUCUAAAUAUCUCGAAGCGCUCCCGAGUCAGUAUCUUGGGAUCCUCAACGCGACUGAUAAUGGGAACUUCGGUAACCAUCUGGUUGCGGUUGAGUUCGACACAGUUCAGGAUUUUGAGUUCCAGGACAUCAACGACAACCACAUCGGCAUCGACCUCAACAGCUUGGUCUCGAAUGCUUCGGCUCCUGCAGCUUAUUUCACCGACGGUAGCACAAAGCAGAAUCUCACUCUCAAAAGUGGGAAGCCAAUCCAAGCUUGGAUUGAUUACGAUUCGGUUGAAAAAGUCAUCAAUGUGACCGUGGCACCGAAUUCCAGUAGACCCAGAUUGCCGAUCUUGUCUUUUCAUGUAGAUCUUUCACCUUUUGUUGAGGAGUUUAUGUAUGUUGGUUUCUCAGCUUCUACUGGUCUACUUGCUAGUUCGCAUUAUGUUCUGGGUUGGAGCUUUAAAAUCAAUGGACAACCCCAAGCUCUUGAUCUGUCUUCUCUGCCUAAACUCCCCGGACCACCAAAGAAACAUACAGCUUUAACUGUCGGUGUCUCGGUUUCAUCUGUCGUUCUCGUAAUUAUUGCUGCAUCCGUCAUCGUUUAUAGCAUCUUCAAGAUUAAAAACGCUGAUGUGAUUGAGGAUUGGGAGCUUGAGAUUGGACCACAAAGAUACCCUUAUGAAAAACUCAAGAAAGCAACGAAUGGUUUCAGUGACAAGAACUUGCUUGGACAAGGCGGUUUUGGUAAGGUUUACAAAGGAAAAUUUCGACAUUCAAAGACUGAUGUUGCUGUGAAGCGAGUUUCUCAUGAAUCGAAGCAGGGUUUGCGCGAAUUCGUAUCCGAAAUCGCGAGUAUCGGAAGGCUUCGACAUCGGAAUUUGGUUCAGUUACUAGGAUGGUGCAGGAGAAGAGGUGAUCUUCUUCUUGUUUAUGAUUUCAUGGCUAAUGGCAGCUUGGAUCGGUUUUUGUUUGAUGAGCCUAAAACAAUAUUGAAUUGGGAGCAGAGAUUUAGGAUUAUAAAAGGUGUUGCUUCGGGUCUUCUUUAUUUACAUGAAGGCUAUGAACAAAUUGUGAUUCAUAGAGAUGUUAAGGCGAGUAAUGUGUUAUUAGAUGAUGAAUUGAAUGGGAGAUUAGGAGACUUCGGCCUUGCAAGAUUGUACGAACACGGUUCGAAUCCGGGGACAACUCGGGUAGUUGGCACAUUGGGAUAUCUAGCACCGGAGCUACCCAAAACCGGAAAGGCGACAGCGAGCUCCGAUGUCUAUGCCUUUGGUGCAUUGUUGCUUGAAGUUGCAUGUGGGAGAAGGCCAAUUGAGCCCAAGGCAUUGCCUGAGGAAUUAGUGUUGGUUGAUUGGGUGUGGGAGAAGUUCAUACAAGGGAGACUACUUGAUGUGGCAGACUCUAGGCUGAAUGGCAAAUAUGAUGAAGGGGAAAUGCUGAUGGUUCUUAAAUUAGGCCUAAUUUGUUCAAAUGACAUGCUCGUGGCACGGCCUACCAUGAGUUAUGUAGUGAAGUAUCUCGACGGAGAGGCCGAAUUACCGGAAAAUUUGCGGCCACCGAUGGCCUUUGAUGGCGGCAAAGGUUUCGGAGACGGGUUCGAUGCUUUUGUGAAUUCAUUUGCGUCCUCAUCGUGUGAUAAAAUGAGUUCAAAUUCAUUCAUGGAAACUGGUAAUGCUGCUACUAGUUUUGCCUCGCUUUCCACCUCGCCACAUCCCCUUCUUAGAGACUAGAUAGUGUUUAUUAAUCCUUUUUCUUCUUUUUUUAUAUAUAUUUUCCAAGGGCUGAGCUUGUAAACUAUGGGAACAUUCAA